AUGUCGAGUCAGUAUGCUGGACGAAAGCGUCGGGUCUCAUCUUUGGAAUUCAGUACGGAGGAAAACAGCACAGCGCGGAUCAAAACGGAGCACACCAACUCAGGUGCUGGCAAACAGUAUAACAACUCUCAUUCUGUCAACCAGGAAAAGGACAGGUUCCUCGCCGAUCUACGAGUCACUGAUCCCCGCGACGACAAGACCCGCAUUCAGCGGACUAAAGGCGAUCUUCUAGUCGACUCAUAUCGAUGGAUACUUCAAAAUGACGAGUUCUGUCAGUGGCUAGCUGAAAGACGUCUGUUAUGGAUCAAAGGCGACCCAGGCAAAGGGAAAACAAUGCUCUUAUGUGGCAUAAUCGACGAGCUUCUCAAAGAGGGAUAUGAUUCAACCGUUUUCUUCUUCUGUCAGGCUGCAGACGCGCGAAUCAAUACUGCAAACUCGGUUCUCAGGGGUCUACUUUAUCUGAUACUUGAUCAGAGACCGGCCCUUUGCGAACAUAUCCGCGGAAAGUAUGACAAGGCAGGGGCUGGGAGACAGCUAUUCGAGGAUGCGAAUAGCUGGGAGGUUUUGUGCGCAAUGAUCAAAUCCGCGGUCAGCCAUGAAACUCUACAUGACAUUAUUCUGGUUAUCGAUGCUCUCGACGAAUGCAUUUCGGGCCUUGAUCAGCUUAUCCGAUUGAUCACCGAUUUAGCAGGAAACGUCAAAAUCAUCGUCUCCAGUCGUCCCGAGCCAAGAAUUGACAGGGCCUUGACCGUCGCUUUACGUGACACAAAGAUCUACCUGUCUCUGGAGCUAAACGAGGACGUCAUUUCAGCCGCCGUGAAUAGUUAUAUACAUCACCAGGUGGACAAAUUGGCGGUUCUGAAAGGCUUUGACGACAAUUUAAAAAUCAAAGUCCGCGACUAUCUUUUCACGAAAGCCGAUAGUACCUUCCUCUGGGUUGCUUUGGUAUAUGAGCAGCUAGCAGACAGUCGUGUCCGCCCAAGGCAUAUUGAGCGAAAGCUUGACGAGUUUCCCCCCGGAUUAGACUCACUGUACCAGCGAAUCUUGGAUCUCAUCCUUGGUUCGCUGGACAGUGAAGACUGCAGACAGGUUUUAGCAAUCAUGGCGACUGUGUCUCGUCCGAUUGAUUUGACAGAGCUUGCCCUGCUACUUGACCAUAUGGAGUUCUUAGGUGAGAUUGUCGAAGAGUGCAGUUCUCUUUUGACUGUAAAAGGAGGAAUUAUCUACUUCAUACACCAAUCGGCAAAAGAUUUCCUCAUUGGACGGACAGACAGAAUCAUGCCUGCCGGGUUGGGUCUCAGCCAUAACCAGAUCUUAUCGAAGCUCCUCCAGUCCAUGUUCAAGACGUUUAAGCGCAAUAUCUACGGCAUUAAAGAACCCAGACUUUCGCUCGACGAGAUCUGUGUCCCAUCUCCCAACCCCCUGUUACCCGUUAGAUACGCAUGCGUCUAUUGGGCCGAUCACCUCACAUAUAAAGACGCGGGACAACAGCAGUUCGCCGAAGUUUAUUCCUUCGUUACAAAACACUUUCUUCACUAG